CCCACGUUCAGCGCCGUGUCCCCGCGUGAAUUGUCGUCAUCUGAUGGUGCGGGUUUUUUUUUCAUUGUGCAAUACUAGAGGUUCGCGCGUUAUUACAUGAGGAAGAUUCAGAACAAAGGCAACUGCAGAGCCACGUUGAAACCGAACAGUUGCAUCUGUGCGCGUGUGUUAGCUGGGAUCGAGUGACGGAUCAACCGACUGAUUCGUUUGCAUCUCUCAUUGACCACAACGUGCAAUCACAACCUCUACAAGCUGAUGGUAGAUCGAGGUGGGCCGGUAAACAGGCCGCGAAGCGAUGAACAACGCAACGAAAAUGGACCUGGAUCGCUCGACCGUGGAUUUACCUGAGACUGACAACACUGAGGAUGAGUCCGACGAAUUGUUUUCAGAUGACGAACAAAAGAAGGAGUUUAAGUAUAGAGCCAACGUCUCCCAGGACACGUCGGUUUUAAGUCGGUCCGAGACACCUUUAACAGUAUUCGAUAGUUCCAAUAUAAUAGAACCAAUGACUGAUGCCAUAGUGCCUUCUACACCCUUGAGUCUGUUGCCAUUUUUAAAUAAAAUAAAUGAACAGUGGAGUAGCGACUUAGAAACACCGCAAGCUGAAUCUCACACAAAUCCAGUGACUAGUUCAACAGAAAGAAUGGAAGAAGAAACACCUAAGUUCAAACAGCGCACACCUGAACUUUCAAUUGUUAAAAGCGCUGACAAAAUUAUUUCCCCUGUUAUUGCCCCUAGAGUGACGAGGAGACGUUCCAAGCGUCGUAUAUUUAGAACUUCUAUAUCUAUAGAUCCACUGGCUGUGACUAACAAUGAAGAUAUCACUGUAAAUGUGCAAGGUGCAUCUGUUACUUCUGACAUUGCUAAUUCCAUAGUGCGAGAUGACGUUAUAAAUGUCGCAGUAUGUAAUCCAUCUCUUGAAAGUGCUUCUAAGGAUUGCGAGCCAAAAGUUCUUAAUAAAAGUCAAGAUGGAUCAAACACUGAGGAAUCAGAAAAUAUUAUAAACGCUGUACCUGAUAGUUCAAACACAUCCACGCAAGAGUUUUUUGACAAUGCCUCAUUCAGUAUAAUAGAUGAGUUAUGUUCCGAUACUUUUAAUAAUAAGAAAGUAAUGGAAACUACUACGCCACGAUGUAACUACGAACAGAAUAUCGAGGGUAUUAAUAAAGGAAGGAACGUCGAGGAGAAUAAAAAUAUAGGUUUCUUAACUGCUCGUGGUGCCUCAAUUAAUGUCUCAAAGCAAGCGUUACUUAAAGCGAAGAGGCUGUUUGCUGAUGCCUUUGAUAUGGAUGAAACGCAGACACAGAAUUAUGAACCAUUCGCUAAGAGAAAAUUUAAUGAACUGAAAAAUAUGGAUUUACCAUCCUUUUCAUUUGAUAAUAACGUCUCUGUCAACAUUGCAAAAGAAACAUUAUCCAAACCGAAACCAUUUGCAGAACAAUUGAAAAAAUGGGACACAUCGUAUGCAGAUUGCAAAAAGCCACUUGUAAAUAAAAGCCUUGGUGAAGAAGUCAAUAAAUCUCCUAUUUUAUUUUCAACUGCUGGUGGCAAUCCCAUUAACAUUUCAAAAGAAGCGUUGUUAAGAGCGAAAGCGUUGUUAGCGGAUGAAGCAGAUAAUGUUGAUGACGAUGUGUUAAUGAAAUAUUGCGGAGAAUCCACGAAUAAAAACUCUACAAUAGUAAAAAAUAUGCCUGUACCAUCAUGUUCUGGUGAUAGAUCUAUCUCAGAAAAAUCACCGGCCAAAGUAAGAACGUCGUUCGCGGAAGAGUCGAAUAUUAUUGUUAAAUUCGCAUCUAGUAAAACCGAUAAUAAACAGUGCGAUUUAAGUUCUUCGAAUAUUGAAUUUCGCACUGUCUAUGACACACAUGUUAAUUCUAAAGAGCAAAUUUAUUCUGAAGCAAGAACACUUUUCGCAGAACAAUUGUACGAUUCCUUACAACCAAUCGCCACGAAAGAAAUUCAUAACAGUGAUAUUGAAAUAAAAAAACAAGAGGCAAAAGUUUCACAAAUUGGAUUUCAAACUGCUAGUGGCAAUCGGAUUAAUAUCUCAAGAGAAGCGUUACUAAGAGCGAAAGCGUUAUUAGCGGAUGAAACAGAUAAUAUUGAUGAUGAUGUGUUAAUGAAAUAUUGCGAGGAAUCACCCACGAAUAAGAAUUCUACAACGGUGAAAAAUAUGGCUGUACCAUCAUGCUCUGAUGGUAGAUCUACCUCAGGAAAAUCACCGGCCAAAGCAAGAUCGUCGUUCACGGAAGAGUCGAAUAUUACUGUUAAAUUUAAUUCUAGUAAAAUUGAUAAUAAACAGUACGAUAUAAAUUCUUCGAAUAUUGAAUUUCGCACUGUCCAUGACACACCUGUUAAUCCUAAAGAGCAAAUUUAUUUUGGAGCAAGAACACUUUUCGCAGAAAAAUUGGACGAUUCCUUACAACCAAUCGCCACGAAAGAAAUUCAUAACAGUGAUAUUGAAAUAAAAAGACAAGAAGCAAAAGUUUCACAAAUUGGAUUUCAAACUGCUAGUGGCAAUCGGAUUAAUAUCUCGAGAGAAGCGUUGUUAAGAGCGAAAGCGUUAUUAGCGGAUGAAACAGAUAAUGUUGAUGAUGAUGUGUUAAUGAAAUAUUGCGGGGAAUCACCCACGAAUAAAAAUUCUACAACGGUGAAAAAUAUGGCUGUACCAUCAUGCUCUGAUGGUAGAUCUAUCUCAGGAAAAUCACCAGCCAAAGCAAGAUUAUCGUUCACGGAAGAGUCGAAUAUUACUGUUAAAUUUACUUCUAGUAAAAUCGAUAAUAAACAGUACGAUAUAAAUUCUUCGAAUAUUGAAUUUCGCGCUGUCCAUGACACACCUGUUAAUUCUAAAGCAAGAACACUUUUUGCAGAAAAAUUACACGAUUCCUUACAACCAAUCGUCACGAAAGAAAUUCAUAACAGUGAUAUUGAAAUAAAAAGACAAGAGGCAAAAGUUUCACAAAUUGGAUUUCAAACUGCAAGUGGCAAUCGGAUUAAUAUCUCAAGAGAAGCGUUGUUAAGAGCGAAAGCGUUAUUAGCGGAUGAAACAGAUGAUGUUGAUGACGAUGCGUUAAUGAAAUAUUGCGGGGAAUUAUCCACGAAUAGAAAUUCUACAACGGUAAAAAAUAUGGCUGUACCAUCAUGCUCUGAUGGUAGAUCUAUCUCAGGAAAAUCACCGGCCAAAGCAAGAUCGUCGUUCGCGGAAGAGUCGAAUAUUACUGUUAAAUUUACUUCUAGUAAAAUCGAUAAUAAACAGUACGAUAUAAAUUCUUCGAAUAUUGAAUUUCGCACUGUCUAUGACACACCUGUUAAUCCUAAAGAGCAAAUUCAUUCUGAAGCAAGAACACUUUUCGCAAAACAAUUGCACGAUUCCUUACAACCAAUCGUCACGAAAGAGAUUCAUAACAGUGAUAUUGAAAUAAAAAAACAAGGGGCAAAAGUUUCACAAAUUGGAUUUCAAACUGCUAGUGGUAAAUCCAUCAAUAUCUCAGAACAGGCUCUGUCGAGAGCGAAAGCAAUGUUUGCAGAACAUUUGGACGAUACGUUAGAAGAAGUUGCUGUAGAGGAAACCAAUCCUCGUAUCGAAAAAUUGAGGGAAUCACAAGUAAAAGUGUCAGACGUUAGAUUUCAGCCUACUGGUAGCAUUGUUGGUAUUUCCGAACAGACGUCGAAAGUAUCAUUCGGACAAUUCGAUGAUAAACCAGAAUCAGCCGUUGCGAUCGAAACUAAUAAAAUCGACGCUAAAGUGGAAAACAAACAAGAAGAAAAAAUUUCAAGUAUUGGAUUUCAAACCGCUCGCGGAACAUCCAUCACUGUCUCGGAACAAGCGUUAUCCAGAGCGAGAGCGUUAUUUGCAGAUCAAUUAGAUUGUUCUUUAGAAAUAAACGCUCUCGAGAACGUUGGCCGCGAUGAUGAAAAGACAAAAAAUCGACGCGACUUAACAAUUCUGCACGGUGGACUGCAAGUUGCAAGUGGUCAACGGGUACCGGUUUCGAACAAUGCUGCAUUAAUAGCACGAGAAUUAUCUUUUGAUGACUAUUUGGAUGAGAGCAAUCCUGACUCGGGGCGCGCAUCGUUGCAAAAGCGCCAGCUAAGCGAGACUAAUGUAGAUGAGAGCACACCCCUGGGCAGGAAUUGCACGUCCGAAACGAAAAAGGUUCGUCUCUGCGGUGAAUUCCAAGUUAGAAAAUUGUUUUCCAAUAAUCCGACGAGUGUCGACGAUAACGACGAGAAUCGAAAUCCAGAGCUAGAGAAAAGGCGAGCAUCUUCCGUCGUAGAUUCCGACUUGGGAUCGCCUGAAAGGGACGUGGUAAAACCAACCGAAUCGGAUAGAGCGGGCAGUCCUAUUAUAGGUAGACAGAGCAGCUUUUUGAAGAAGCGAAAGAGUUCGGACAAACAGAGACAUCAAAGGAACGAAUAUAGUACGCCACGAUCAGAUAAACGAAUAUUAGAGAAUGCGGCAUUGCAAGAGAACGUGGUGCACGGAAGUGCAUCUCGCGGAAAGAUCGAGGAUGAUAAAUCAGAUAGGGAGAUGCGGGAGCCAACGCAAAUCGCGAGGGAAAGGGCAAGAGGCAAUAGCACGGAAUCUAAUGAGACUCAGUACGGCGACACUCAGGUGAUGAUAGACUUUAUCAACGAAUCGACGAAGAUCUUGCGGGAUCGCUUGGCAGCCGCGUUGGAGCAGGAGGCGAUAAUUACCGCGAAGAGGGGACGCGGCUCGGAGAAGCAAUCGAUGGGCCACCUGUACCGUUACAAGCAGAUCAAUUCUAACGCUCGUUUGUCGUUGCGGAAAAUCGGCGGUGGUGCGGCACCGCAGCCCCGCUCUCGUCAGGAACUCGUUGAUCGACGGAUACCACCGGAGAUCCUGGAGAUCACCGCGGCCACCGCCGCGACGUACAGAUUUCACGGCUCCGACUUUUACGGGAACGAUGUGGCGCACAGUAACGUUCGCGGGAUAGAGAUGGAGGAUGGUAUGCGUUUGAUCAUGGACGAGAACGGAGACGCGGGAGUCUGGGAGCUCCUCCGCGCGUUUCUCGCCGGUCCAGCCGUGGAACCGAAUCUUGUGCCCGCACGCUGGAUCGAGAAUCAUUACCGUUGGAUCGUAUGGAAGUUGGCGUCGAUGGACCGAAUGAGAUUUGGCUCAGCUGAGUUACCCAGGGCAUUGACACCUUCGAACGUAAUGGCACAAUUAAAAUAUCGAUACGACCGAGAGAUCGAUCGGUUUCAGCGACCAAUAAUAAGACGUAUCUUGGAAAAGGAUGACGUUGCAUCGAAGAGAAUGAUUCUAUGCGUGUCAGCUAUAGUUGAAAAUAACAAUGUAAGUAAGGAAACAAUGGAAACAGGUAAGAGUCCUAUAAGAGUACCAAAAUGGAGAAUAGAAUUAACCGAUGGCUGGUACAGUGUAAAUGCCUGCAUCGAUAUAGGUAUGAUAAGAAACAUAUCGACUGGUAAAAUAAGAGAGGGCACGAAAUUGGUGAUGUCCGGCGCGGAAUUACUCAACUGCGACCAAGGUUUUCACCCGCUCGAGGUACCGGCCGACGUGUGUCUGAAAUUGCACACGAAUUCAACCAGGCGCGCACGAUGGGACACGAAAUUGGGAUAUGCGCCGUGUUCGGGGCCGAUACCCAUCGAAUUGCGUAACGUGUGUCCGAGCGGUGGCUUAAUCGGCAAAAUGACGAUUGUCGUCGCUAGAGUGUAUCCGAUGUUAUAUCAUGAGAAAACUGUAUCCGGAGAUUCGAUUGUCAGAAACGCUAAAAGCGAGGAGAAAGCGCAGAGCAAAUACGAGCAGCAGUGUUGGGCCAAGAUAGAGACGUUCUAUGCUAAAGCGGAGGACUUUCAAGGAAAAGGACUUUCUUGCGAAACUGAUGAUAUGGCGAUUCAAUUGAGCGAGGAUUACGAAAACUUGUAUACGGAAUCCGUCUCUAAGAAACGACAUGAUGAAUUGCUGCAAGAGUUACGUCAGAGGGAGGAGCAGUUCAAGCAGAGGAUGCAGUCAAAAUUGCGGGAAAGCUUGCCGGGACCGCGACAGGUCUCGCAGCUGCUCAAAGUCCGCGUGUGCGACGGAAAUGCGAACGCGAUUCUUUCGGUUUGGUCGCCCAGCGAGGUUGUUGUCGACACUCUCAAAGAAGGCGCUUGCGUUUCGCUCCGUAAUAUCGUGGCUUCCGGAAAGAGGGGUACCGAAUUGCAACUCACCGCACGUCGGUCUGCAAUUUUUAAACCGGGAAGGAUGCGCGACACGUCUUAUCCCGCUAGAGUGUGCACGUCGCUGUGCGAAAUAGCGAAUUCCGAGUUCUCUCCACCUUACGGAGAGUUCGAUACGGUCGGGCUUGUCUGCUCGAUUGGUUCUGCCCCAUAUGGUAUGAAAGAUUUCGAUGCUGUACAUUUGGCAUAUUGUAAAGCGGAUUCGAGCGACCCUUCGUACCUUACGAUAUUGUUUUGGCAAGGAAUCGGCACUUACGGCUACGCGGAGAUUCUUACUGUCGGAUCUAUCGUAGCUUGUAACAAUUUAGAAUGGCGAAGGGUAACUUCGUGGAACGUCCCGGCCGCUUAUUGCACGGACAGAAGUACCUUUACGCGCAAUCCUCGACGAAAUCAUUUAUACGAAUCUUUCGAGAAUCUGCGAAAUCUGAUUACAGAUCCACUUAAGUAUGCUGAAAGCUGCAGUAUCAAGCUUAAUGUGGAAUUGCAAAAGAAGUCGACGCCUACACGCUACAAAACGGGUACUCCGACUAAAAUGUACAGUUCGACGACGUCGAGCGUCGACAAAAAAUUGGUCAACUAUUCGUCGCCGCUGGCGACACUGAAAUUGGGAACGGAUAACAGCUCGAGUUACGUCGCAUCUAAUCCCUCGAUUCGAAAACGACUUGAGAAACUUCAGCAGUAUGGCGUAGCGUCUGGAUUAUCUCCUAUUAUACUAAAAAAUUCCAAGAGGACUUCUUUGGAUUUUCGGUCACCUGUUCGCAUUUUAGAUAUAAGCUCAACAAAGGAAAAUGCUAAUCAAUCCGGGGAUUAAAUUUUUCUAAUACAACGGGAAAGAUUUGAUAGUUAUUUUACGUUUACAGUUUUUAUUUUUUCUAAUUCCAAGUCCUACAAAUAGUGUAAAUUUGUUAAUAAUUAUUAAAUAUUCAUACACGAUAAUAAAUUGUUAUAACUAUAUAGUAA